UCCGAAAAUGCAUCUCAGACAAAUUCUCCAAAACACCAUCAAUAUUUCGGAACCCAUUUCCACAGCUCCACAUAUUCAUUCAAUUUGGUACAUUUUACAGAAAACCUGAAUCAACAAUCUAAACUUGUAUUCAAUUCAAGAGUUCACUUAUUCAAACGACCACCACCCAAUUCUUAAAAUUCCUCGUUAUCAUUUUCCUUAAAAUCUUCAAACUCUGCUAAACUCUGUUCCUCCUCAACAAAUCCGAAAAUGGUUCGAAACCCUUUAUCCAAAACCGCAAACAAAUACCUCAGAAAAUUCAGAAAAUGGCCACAUUCCCCUUACAAAACUUCAUGGCAUCACAAUUUUGGUGAACAACAAGCCAUGCAAAUUCUCAAACAAGCCACCACUCAACCCCAACCACAAAACAACAACGACCCUUUUCUUCUCACCACUCUUGUUAACUCUUUCAAAGCCUAUCACACUGACCCAACUCCAAAAGCUUACUUUUUUCUCAUCAAAACCUUAACCAAAAACAACCCUUCACAGUUGCAUGAAAUCCCUCACAUUCUCAACCAUCUUGAACAUAAUGAGAAAUUCGAAACACCUGAGUUUGUGUUUAUGUAUCUUAUUAGAUUCUAUGGUAAUGCUGAUAGGGUUCAUGAUGCUGUUGAGUUGUUUUUUAGAAUUCCUAGGUUUAGAUGCACACCAACUGUUUGUUCUUUGAACUUGCUGCUUUCGUUGCUUUGUAGGAAGAGGGAUUGUCUCAAAAUGGUUCCGGAUAUUUUGUUGAAGAGUCAGCAGAUGAAAAUCCGGCUUGAGGAAUCGAGUUUUCGGGUUUUGAUUAAGGCCUUGUGUAGGAUUAGGAGAGUUGAUUAUGCUGUUAAGAUAAUGAACUGUAUGAUUGAUGAUGGUUAUGGUUUGGAUGAUAAGAUAUGUUCUUUGAUUGUUUCUUCGUUGUGCGAGCAAAAUGAUUUGACUAGUGUCGAGGCUUUGUUUGUUUGGGGUAAUAUGAGGAGGCUAGGGUUUUGUCCUGGUGUGAUGGAUUGUACGAAUAUGAUUAGGUUUUUGGUGAAGGAAGGGAAGGGGAAGGAUGCUUUGGAGAUUCUGAAUCAGCUGAAGGAAGAUGGAGUGAAGCCUGAUAUUGUUUGUUAUACUAUUGUUUUGAGUGGGAUUGUUAAAGAAGGUGAUUAUGUGAAAUUAGAUGAGUUAUUCGAUGAAAUACUUGUAUUAGGACUGAUUCCUGAUGUUUAUACAUACAAUGUGUAUAUAAAUGGUUUGUGUAAGCAGAAUAAUUUCGAUGAGGCGCUUAAGAUUACGGUUUCUAUGGAAACAUUAGGAUGCAAACCAAAUGUGGUUACUUACAAUACUCUAUUGGGUGGAUUGUGCAUGAAAGGGGAUUUAGGGAAGGCGAAGAGGGUAAUGAAGGAGAUGAGGUUCAAGAGUGUUGAGCCGAACGUGCAUACGUAUAGGAUCAUGCUUGAUGGUUUGGUUGGUAAAGGCGAGAUUGAUGAAGCUUGUGUUUUGUUGGAUGAAAUGUUGGAGAAGUGUUUUUAUCCAAGAUCUUCAACAUUUCAUAGUAUCAUAGUUCAAAUGUGCCAAAAGGGUUUGAUCACUGAUGCAGUUGUGUUGAUGAAUAGAAUUGUUGAUAAGAGUUUUGUUCCAGGAGGUAAGGUUUGGGAAGCAUUGAUUCUUAACUUAGGAUCUAAGGUUGUGUAUUCAGAAACCACGUUUGUUGGAUUGUUGAGCACAAAAUAAUGGUAGUUACAGUAUGAUGGAUGAACCUGGUUUUGAAGUGUAUUGGCUCUCAUUGUAUUUGGUUGGAGAUUUUCAUCUUCCUAGUUAUAACAAAGUAGUGACUUGAAAUGUUCAAAUAGGAUAUGGAAAGCAGAAUCAUUAAUUGUUCUCAUUCCGGGGUUUUAAAACCCCGGACCGUUCUUGUCGAUCGGGUCGGUUAGACUGUGACCAGGAGGAUAGAGCGGUCCGAUAAGGUCAUCGGACCAUUGUUGCAAUUGACCCGGUGAAAACUGGUGUAAUACGGUCAAUUCACUAGUCUGAACAGUGAACCGGUGGAUUUGGUUAAACUGACGGGUUGAUAUUUUAUGUUUAUUUUUUA